GCCCCAUGUUUAUCUUCUUGGGCAAGCAUUCAUGGUUGCGGACUGCUAUCCUUUAGGAAAAACCUUUCUGUCUUGUCGCGGUGACUUCUGCUUCUGCUACUUAUUUGUGUUGUGCGCCGCAUGUGAAGCACUUUGCUCCGAAGCAGAGAAAGGUGCUCACUCUUUACCCUGCGUUAGAAGCUUUAACGAUAAUGCCUACGCAUUUGUGUUUGUUUACGUCAUAAUUUUAUCUUGUGAAACCCAGCUGCUCAACAGAGUGCUCAGAGUCAUCUUCUAAGAAUGGGUGGUGCUGUCAGUGCUGGCGAAGACAAUGACGAACUCAUCGACAAUUUGGUUGAUGCAGAGUACAUCAAAACACCAGCUGUUGAAAAGGUGUUUCGAGCAGUUGACAGGGCAGACUAUUACGCGGAGGGCUGUAAAGAAAAUGCAUAUCGAGAUUUAGCUUGGAAACAUGGGAACCUGCAUCUAUCGGCACCAUGCAUCUAUUCAGAGGUCUUGGAGGCUCUGCUGUUGCAGCCAGGACUAUCUUUCCUCAACUUGGGCAGCGGCACGGGCUACCUCAGCACAGUGGCUGGACUUAUUCUCGGUCCUUACGGAGUCAACCACGGGGUAGAGCUGCACGAGGACGUGAUGCUGUACGCAUGUCGGAAGGUCAGGGAGUUUCUGCAGACAUCCAACGCCCUCGACGAACACGAGUUCUGCAAGCCGAGCUUCGUGUCCGGCAAUUGCCUGGUGCUGGAAGCUGGGUCGAGACGUUACGACCGCGUCUACUGUGGUGCUGCGUGUCCUCCUGAACACUGUGCUUUCAUCAAGAAUUUUGUCAAAAUCGGCGGCAUUUUAGUCAUGCCAUUUAACGACCAGCUCGUUCAGGUUAGACGGACAGGAGAAAAUUCGUGGCAGGACAGGAACAUUCUCCCGGUGUCAUUUGCAAUGCUGGUCCAGCCAUCACCAAAAGAGAGGUUGACAACCUUUUCACUUCCCGACUUCCACCCCUCAUCACUUCAAGAACUAAGUCGCAUCAGCAUCCGCCGUGUCCUUCGCUCACAGGUGGACCGCGAACACCCCACGCUCAAAGAUUGCCGCAGAACAACUCCAGCUGCCAAAAAGAAGAAACAAGCCAAACGACGGGUCCAAAGGAUCGUCAUCCCCAUCUUCGAGGAGAGCGACGACAGCAGCGGCGGACGCUUCGACCCGCAGAGCGGAGACGACGAUCCGCGUGACGGCAUGCCUCAAACUUCGAGGCGGGGAAAUCACAUCACGGCCAUGAUCGAACACAUCAUGAACGAGGAGAGGCGCAUGGACGAAGAUUCCUCGAACGGCAUUGCGGACGACUCCGGAAACGCCGUGGACAUUGAAAGCCUGGCACCGUCCCGCGAGGACGAGCGCAUUGAUCAACGGAAGCGCGGCGCGGAAGACGACGACCACCACGACCCUCGGCGCCGGAACGGACGCCGAACGAAAUCCGUCGUUUGGAAGCGGGUCGCGUUUGACGAGUACGACAUGAAGCCCGCGGAUGAAGGCGUCAACAGUGCUGCAAAGGAGGAGGAAGAAGAAGUCGUCGAGCCACCCGUUGCGACGACGAGCGGAAGCGAGUUGACGUACACGGUCCUCAUGAGGCAGAAGAUAUCCGUGCUCCCUUUGCCGCAUAUGCUGAAAGUGUAUCUGAACCACGACCGGGAACUGUGAUUAAGAGACGAGUUAAGGAAAGGAGGCGCACGCUACAGGGCUGUACGCCGCCGCGCCCCCCCGAAAUUGAGGAGUAUCUCGUCUGUCUGUUGUGUAAAUUGAUGUUGACCCGACCUGCACAGUCCUUCAGAGUGUGGGAUUGGUGUGCACGUCUGAAACUUUUGCCAGCACGACUCGUUUUUCGAUGGACAUUGUUUCGGGUCGCGAGUCGCGAGAUUUUUGAAGCGUUUGUGUCGACCCCUGGAGUGUCCUAGUUUUACAAGAGAGACUGUAAGAGUACGGUUUGCUUCGGGCAGUGUAAUUUAAUACUAUUGUCAUUACUGUUCACACUGCGGUCAGUGUUAUCGACAGUCAUUGAAAGCAUUCGCUCUGUCUUUGUAGAUGUUGGUAGUAAAUGAAAGAGCGUAUGCUGUCCAACGUUAUUCAAUUUUUUUUUUUUCCAUUAUCAGUAAGGAAUGCUUCUGGUGUUCUCGGAUAUUUUGAAGCUAACAAAGCUUUCCACUGUGCGUGUCACCCCUAUUAUUUGCCCACAUAAAAAGAGAUAUGCCCCGGGUAUAAAGUACAUGGAAAAAUACAACAAGCACUACACUUGCUGUUUCUGGAAUUGCUAUAGACAAAUGUUUCCUCAACCUUUAAUACCUGCCAUCAAACUGUAACGUACAUUUAUCCGACUAGCACUUCGAAUGGCAUGUUCUGGCACCACAUCUAGGACUGCAUGGACCACAGUACAGAAGUGAAGGAAACCAUCACAGGUGCAAGUGAACAAAAAUGGCUCUCUGUUUACUGAGAUUUCUCACCCACGAGGCAGGCAUAGGAAACGUGGAGAGCAUUCUGUGUCUGAGGAGAAAUCGCAUAUUACAGAGGCUGCCAAUUUUCGAGGCCCGUUGCAUUUGUGUGCCUAUGGCUACGAUCGCUAGGGUAUGGGUAGCAAAGUGUUGUCAUUUAUGAUAACAGAAGUUGCAUAUUAAUGUCUAAUUCAGUACUUACUUGGAUUUCACAAACUUAAACAGAUUGUAAUACUUCGCCACAUUAUGGCAGCAGAUGAAUAUAAAAGACUCAUUGGCAUCUAUGUGGACCUGCAUUCAAAGUUCUGCAGCAAGGGGGGUAAGGGACGCGUAGAAAAGUGGUAUUGUGAGAACCGAAAAAACCUCCAGCUGGCAGGCGUUGUCUCUGCCAACGAGGCACGUGCUCAGGAGAACUAAUAGGAUUGGCUAAGACCCUCGAGCACCUCUGACGUCGGAGCUCAAAAUUUGUUCGAGGGUUUGUACGUGGCCAACUGUACAAACACAAAAAGAGUGUUUUUCACACAAUACUCUGAUGUGUAGUGCAGUGCGUGUAUGAUGCAGUGAGCUACAUACAGUUUUUUUUUUUUUAACAGAUAUUUAAUAAUAAAAAAAGCUAUGAGGGGGGGAGCAGCACAAGUGCCGGUUUUGCAGGUCGAUUAUAGUAUUCGUUUUGGUUCCGGCUCAUUUGCAUAGCAAACUUUGGUGAUGGAUAUUUCAAUGUAUUUGCUCAUUUCAGGUUCUUCUGAAUAAUGAUUGGUUCCAAUUCUACUAUCUUUCUGGCAGACUUUCCAGACGCAUGUCGGAUUAGUUCCCCCUAAAGUCGGCCCAGGAUGCUUACUAACCCCCCCCGGUCCCCCACUCCUUUCUGCUGUCCUCUCUCCAUCUGUUCACGUCUGUACGCCACUCAUAGCCACAGUUGCUUCACGGUGUUAACACAGAAUUUAAAAAAAAAAAAAAAAAUUACAUUACAUAAAGCAUUAAAAACGGGACUGGUUGGUCGAACAAUUCGAUAAGAGCAUUUAAUUCACAAUCAAAGCGUACACGCUUAAGUAUCCGAUCCUUUCACAAAUCCCCGUCUCCUAUUGGCUGACAAUGUUCCCUAAAUCACCCUGCAGCCCCUUUCAGACAUCUACACCAGUAUCUGGCCUUUCUAUUGCUAAGUAUGCAAGCCAAUUUUUGCGUGGAACAUGUUCCCCUUGCACUGGGAAUUUAGUGCUCUUAUCAAAAGAUCCUAUCUCACAUUUCUCGGAAACCCUCAAAUUAAAAAGUUCCCAAAUUUCGGGUAAUUAGUGAUGUACUAGUUACAUGCUCAUGUUCGCCAGGCUGUAUAAUCAGCCUGCAAAACCAGCAUCUAAGCAGUUGUCACAGCUCUCUUUAUUAAAAAUUUAUAACAAAUAGAAAAGCACCCUGUAUAUCGAAGUGUCGCAACCUUUUUAACGUGUAUGAUACUGCUGCAGGUACCUAAAAGUAAGAGGCAUGCCUUGGUUUAGUAUUUGGAUUACGAUCGAGAGUAACAUCACAUUCUAAUGUGCGUCUGUAUUCCAGGCACUAGAACUAUACAUUUAUUGUAAUACUCGUAUGUGCAAGGACUUAGUGGGGGGUGCGAAGACAACCGUUCAUUCUUUACUGAGUGGUAAGUCACUUCACAAAGUGAGGUGAUCCCAUGGCUAUAGAUUGCAUAGAAGGCAUUAAAUGAGGUUUAAAAAGCUAUGUGAAAGCACCACCUCCUCCUGCACAUUACUGAAGUCAGCAUUAUUGCGUUCAUAGGGUAUGUCCGAUCGAUGCUGUAAAUACGAAUUUAAAAAAAAACGAUUUAGUGUACAGGUGUAACGAGUCAGAGUAAAAUAGUUUUACUACCACUAUACUGCUUAGUGCCACUGCUGUAGGUCACUUCCACAACUUCGAGCACAAUAGUGUCUCUUCAAGAGAGAAUGUAUAUUUGUGAGACGUGGUACUGUAUCUAUUAAAGGUUUCUUCCAGGA